UCCGGCACCGCUUCGACUCCGCCCGGCUCCCCGGCGGGGAUGCUGCGGCUGGGCCGCCGGCUGAGGCAGCUUGUGUCCGGACGCGGGGCUCGAUCCUCUGCCCGGCUCCCCUUCGGCGCCGAGAUGCCCAAGAAAGCUGGUGCGACGAACAAGGGUAAGAGCCAGAGCAAGGAACCAGAGAGACCACUUCCUCCCUUAGGGCCUGUGGCGGUUGAUCCUAAAGGUUGUGUCACCAUAGCCAUCCAUGCCAAACCCGGGUCCAAACAAAACGCUGUAACAGACGUGACUGCGGAAGCUGUGAGCGUGGCCAUAGCAGCCCCCCCGUCGGAAGGAGAGGCUAAUGCCGAGCUCUGUCGGUACCUUUCCAAGGUCUUGGAGCUCAGGAAGAGUGACGUGGUUUUGGAUAAGGGUGGUAAAUCCCGUGAAAAGGUGGUGAAGCUAUUAGCAUCUACAACCACAGAAGAGAUCUUGGAGAAAUUAAAGCAGCAAGUUGAAAAAAAAUAAAAGCAAGUUAUGAGAAGUACAUCCUUGAGAAGCUUUUUAAUUGCUGUUCACGAACAGGCUGUCAAGUAGGAAAAUAUAUUUCAGCGCACUGAAGAACAUGAAAAAAAAAUUUAAGAACAGGACUCAAAAAAGAAGUAGGGAUUUGAAAAGUAUUGUACGUUCAGUGUAGGUUCUGACAUCCAAACAGUUUGGAGCAUGUUAGUCUGAUUCCAUCGCAUUACAGAAUAACAGAGCUGGAAGAGGUCUUCAAGAUGACCUCAGUCAGCCCCGUUCAUCCUGUAACGGGGCUUCUGCUAUCCAGAAGUUGAGAGGCUUGUUCAGGAUCACACCGUGCAGGAGGGUGGCUAGAACCCAGAUCCCUUGACUCCUGGUUGGAUGCAGUUUGUCCUGAUACUAAUGAAGAUGUUUCCACAGCACCUCUGGGGUUCUGAGGGUCGCCUUCUCGAGAGUUUACAAGGGACAGAAGAAAACCUGUCACACUGUUUCGUGGUCUUACUUUAUAUUUUAAAAGGCUUAUCGAAAUACAAAGAUGCUUUUUCUGUCUUGAAAACUCUAUGGAGCAUUUUGUGAGAAAGUAAUAAUCAUCAGGACUUUUAAUUUACUGUUAAUUAUUUUGGGGAAGUCACUAAAUUUUUGUCCUCGUUGGAUGGUGCAGUCUUCAAAUCUGGUAAUUCUUAUGAAUCUCCAAAGAUCCUUAAAAGAAGAGGGCCUGGAAGCUACUUUCAGUAUUUGUAAAAGCCUAUCAAUUUACUGUUAAUUAUUUUGGGGAAGUCACUAAAUUUUUGUCCUCGUUGGAUGGUGCAGUCUUCAAAUCUGGUAAUUCUUAUGAAUCUCCAAAGAUCCUUAAAAGAAGAGGGCCUGGAAGCUACUUUCAGUAUUUGUAAAAGCCUAUCAGAAAUCGUAUCUACAUUAAAGCUUCAAAAGCUAAUAAUAAAUACUUUGUUUUUAAAUAUCUAA